GGCGCCGCCGGAGCGCAGCAGAAAAGAGACACAACCUACUCACAUGCUUAUUGUGGUAAAUCUUUAAAAAGCAAUUAGCCGCAGCAUCGUCCAAGCCUCCUCUAGCUGCUUGACAUACAUCGGAUUUAUUGGAGAUAAACUGGUUUCAUUCAGCUCAAAAUAAGUGCAGUGAACGGGCUCCCCCCUCUUUCCCCUCCCCGGGCAGGCAUCCUCCUCCUCCACCUCCUCCUCCGCCUCCCACCAUGACUGACAGGAAAGCUGUGAUCAAGAACGCCGACAUGUCGGAAGACAUGCAGCAGGACGCGGUGGACUGUGCCACGCAGGCCAUGGAGAAGUACAACAUCGAGAAGGACAUCGCUGCCUACAUCAAGAAGGAGUUUGACAAGAAGUAUAACCCCACCUGGCACUGCAUCGUCGGGAGGAACUUCGGCAGCUACGUCACACACGAGACCAAGCAUUUCAUUUACUUCUACUUGGGCCAAGUGGCCAUCUUGCUCUUCAAGUCCGGCUGAGGAGUCUCUCCGACGGGUGUUGAGGAGUUUCGUCUCCCUGAACCGAAAUGCGAAAAUGCACUGGUGGCUUAUGUCUCCCAUACACUAAUAACGACAUACCAUAAUGAUGCAAACCCGGCCGUGCGCAAUUGCAUGGACUAUACACUAUUUAAUAUGUAUGUUACAGUAAGUUUACUUUUCAAUAGUUGCCAUUGGAAUGCAACUGGAGUAGUUUUUGUUAAUGCUGUUGAAUUCUAGUUUGUAAAAGAUUUCAUCGUGGCCCUUGAUUGUAUGAUAAAGGAAAGCUGUAGAAUGUAGGGGUGCAUCUGCUUUCCUUCACACGUGGCAUCGCCAGACCCUCUAAUGAGACUCCAUCUGUCGGUUUAGAACCUCAAAUCGUACCGCGUGCACCAGUUCAACAAUCCAUUGUCAUGGUUGUAACGUGUGAUGGGGAAAAAGAAGUUGAACAGUGGGGCGAAAUAGUCUCCACGUGAUGAGUUAUUUCACGGCCUUCCUUUGUUUUCCACAUAUACAAACAGCAUGGGUUCAGUUUAUUGAAGCUGUUUUUGGUUUAUUUAAAGGAAUUUAGUUGUCUGUACAUGCAAAUGCAAAAACACUUUUUUGUUUUCAAUUUGGAUUUAAAAUAAUCUCCCAACAGGAAAUAAUUUCUGUGGAUGUUAAGAUUUCACUGUGAGGGACAACCGAGCGAACGCAGCUCUCACAUAAACACACACACACACACACAGAGCAUGAGCCGGAAAAGUCCAAGUAACAACACCGCAGACCGGUCAGCAGACUCUUCCAACUCGCCUACCUAUAUUUCACUCUUGUUAUCCUGUGUUUCUGCAUGUUUGGAGGAUAAAAAAAAGCCCACACAAUUUAUUUAACUGUCAUCAAACCCGAACCUAAGCUCACCUCGCAGUUAAUUCCUUUAUUUGACUUUUGAGUAUGUAGACUUUGGCCUGAGUGUCAGGAAGGCGAUUUAGAGACGUGCGCAGUCGGCUCCUCCGAUGCUACAAGCCCCCGCGUGUUUCAGAUGCUCGUGUCGUCGUGUGUGCCUCGUAAUACUUUUAGUCAUUGUUUUGUCUUUUUAAAACAUUUUUUUACACGCGUUAACCUGCAAGAAAUGCAACACAUUUAAGAGUACUUUCAACCCGCAGGAGACGUAUCUCUGACACACUGAUUAGUUGAGUGUUGGCAUUCUUUAAGAGGGCAGGUUGGAGAGAUAAUAAAGGAGUGUUUGGGGUCAAGUUGGUUGACAUCACAUGUUUUCUCUGCGUGUAAAGACAAUGUUUUCAGUUGCUAACUCCCAUAAUCCAACAAUGGGUAAUAUGUGUAUCUCAAGUGUUAGCUCGGAUUGACAUCAGUCAAUGUAAACCGAUUUAGUAUUGUUUUCCUCUGGCAUGUAUUUUUGCUGUGUAUAUGUAGGAGCCGUUCCAAUGCUGUUCAAUUUGCACAAAACGUGUGCCUGUCGUUGCUCUCAACUGUAACUGGCUUGAGUACAAUUGCACUUCAUUAGAGUUAAUCAGUGGGUCGCUACAGAACCAAAAUCGUAUAAACUCGAUAAAAUAAAAAAAGAUAAUUGUUGACUUAUUAAAGGGUGGCCUUUUUUUCCUCGUUAUUCCGCAAUUGAUGUCACUUGGAUGUCUCCUCAGUAAAUAUGAAGCCGGCAUCUGCAGCUUGUUAGCUUAGCAUAAAAAUGGUCAAACCACUAGAGAUAUAAAACAAAUGUAACUAAUUAACUUAUGGGGUGCUAGAAGGUACAUUUUUUUAAUGUUUGGGCAGACCAAGGCUAUCGAAACUAACUUAUAUUUACUGUAAAGAUAUGUGUGGUAUCAACAUUUUUGUUUUAGUCAGCAAGAAAGGGAUUUAAUGUCACUCUUGGAUCCAAAAUGUGAAAUCCGUCCUUCAAAGUGAGUCUACGUAACUUUUGCUAAACAGACGCUACUUUCUACAAUCAUACAGAGCAGCAACACACCACGUUAAGUUAGUUUAUUGAUAGUAGACUUGUUAAAAAAGAUUUUCCUAACUUCUCACGAACUCAACUCUUUGUGUUUUCAAUUCAGUUCUUGUAUCAUGUUGAGACAUUUUAAUACAUCAACAUGUUAUUGAAGCCACUACCGCUUGUAGUUCCUCAAAUCUACUAUUCUGUGCUUUUGCUAUCUUCUAAACAGACCUUGAGACACAUCCUUCCAAUAAAAAAAAUACUCCCUCAAUGA